CUUGCAAUUGGACCUACAUUUGAGCUGCAAUCUAUCACUUUGUAGCUUCUAGAAAAUCCAGGCAUGUUGACCAUGGAACUACCGGCCAUUGCUGAUUACCAUGUACAUCUGAGGCAUGGAGAUCUUAUGAAAGCCGUCGUGCCCACUAUCCGUCAAGGCGGUGUCAAUGUGGUCUACGUGAUGCCAAACCUUGUGCCUCCCAUCACCAGCGUCGAACAAUGUCUGUCUUACAAGGCAGAGCUGGAGAGCAUCGAUAGUCAAGUCACCUACUUGAUGACUCUCUACCUGUCUCCUCCAAUCACCGCAGAAGUGAUUCGAGCUGCUGCGAAAGCCGGUAUAUCUGGGGUCAAAUCAUACCCAAAGGGUGCUACGACCAACAGCCAAAGUGGUAUUGAGUCUUAUGAGCCAUUCUAUCCUACGUUUGCUGCUAUGGAGGAAUGUGGCCUGGUACUCAAUCUCCAUGGCGAGGUGCCUCCUGCCAGUGCAGGUGGCGACGUCACCGUCAUGACCGCAGAACACGCGUUCUUGCCAACGCUACUAGACUUACACAAACGGUUUCCUCGAUUGAGAAUCGUGCUUGAGCACUGCACUACAGCGGAUGCAAUUCAAGCAGUUCUUGCGUGCGGUCCAACGGUUGCGGGCACCAUUACAGCGCAUCACCUGUUCCUGACUGUGGAUCAGUGGGUAGACAACCCAUUUUCCUAUUGCAAACCCGUUGCAAAGCUACCGUCAGACCGCGAAGCCCUGCUCAAAGCAGCCACCUCUGGCAACCCCAAGUUCUUCUUGGGAACAGACUCUGCGCCGCAUCUCCGAGCUGCAAAGUCGGGUGGCAAGCGCACGGCCGCAGGCGUCUUCACUCAACCGUAUGUCUUGCCAUACGUGGCCACGGCUUUUGAAAAGCUUGACGAGCUAUCCAAAUUGGAGAACUUUGCCUGCAAGUUUGGUCGUUCUUUCUACGGCCAUGAGUCGGUCGGAGUGAACGAAAAAAUUCUGUUGGUGCGCCAACCGACGGUGAUCGCUCCUGAGAUUGGGGGUGUUGUGCCCUUUAUGGCAGAAGAGGAGCUUGCUUGGUCUGUCCAGUGGAAGUAGUUCAAUUGGCAUCAGGUUUAACAAGACCCGCAGAUAGCUUGUAGUAAACCACGGUAGAAUCUUGAUGUACUCCUGCUAGAAGAACAGUGCGCUGUAUAACGC